AUGCUACUUUCAAGCUCGAGAACUGCAAACACUGUCUUGAGGUAUCGAUACUUUCUGAGAUAUCGAUCCUCGCAAGCAAGCAGCGGUCAGAAGUUGAGUCCGCUUCCCUCUUCUUCGCCUGCACAAGCAAAGCAACAAUACCUAAAAAGUAAACAAGCAACUGAUCGUUAUCUUGAUCCACAACAACAAAUCUUGCAGAUGAACCGAGAGAUGGAACUCGUGCGGAACAAACACGCCACAAAGCUCGAAAAGGAACUCAAGAAGUCUAUAUAUAGACGCCUAGUAGACCCUCUUGUGAAACACAAGCAUUCUAUCUACAAUGUAUUUGCAAUGACGAUUGCAUAUGUACUUGCUCACAAUUUGUAUGUCACAUCAAAGAAAGAAAAAGAGUGCAGGUCUGAAUUGUUGCAAAACCAAGAAGAAAACACCGAACUGAAGCAAAUUAUAGAUUCAUUACUUGACGAGACCAUUUUGAAAGAUAUCAGCUCUGCCUGUGCCAUGGAAAUUGAAAAGGAAUUCGCAAAAGGUGGCACAUCGUCUCUCUCGUCAUGGUUGGCUGGCGGGUUUUCUUCCGCAAAGUCUCUUGAAGAAGGCCUGGUUCGAGAUAUUGUGGCUAAAGUAUUGAGGCACAAACUAUUAGUUCGCAUUGGAAGUGGCGAAGUGGCAGAAGAGGAAGACAGCAAACUUUCUGUCGAAGAGAUCAUGCAACAAAACCAAGAAAGUAUGAAGGUAAUAAAUGCCAGUCCAGAACUCCUCUUAAAGGAUGCCCUACAACAGGCUUCGUCUGAUCAGGAGAAUGGGAAAGAAUCCAGAAGAGUGUUUAGUUUGUAG